ACAAGUUCUCCAGCUGCUGCUUCGUCACGUUUGGAGGAAAAAAAAUAAUUAUAAUUCUUCAAAUUCAAUUUAUUCACAACUGCCUGAAUCCGCCUCGCACGGAGACUCACGGUUACAUCUGGACGCAGCUUUCUCCUCCUGGUGCAAACCUGACUCCGUUCAUGCUCGAGACCUCGGUCCAACCCUGACCGUCUCACAACCUGCGUAAACACACAAAAGUCACACACACAACUGACGCAGCCAGACAUUUAACUGGCCAGAGCAACGGGCAAGAAGCAGCAGACAAGUUCGCAGAAGGGGCCGCCAUGUUGAUCAUCUUAGCCUUCAUCAUCCUCUUCCACCUGGCGGCAGCCGUCCUGGUCUUCGUCGCAACCAUUCACAAUGCGUGGUGGGUGGUGUCGCCUGCUGGACGAGAAGCCAUCUACACUGACCUGUGGUACUCCUGCAACGCCACCUGCUUCCCCGUGGAGAACAGCCACACGACUGAUGCAGCCUACCUGCAGGCCGUCCAGGCCACCAUGAUCCUGGCCACCAUUUUAUGUUGCAUCAGCUUCUUCGUCUUCAUCCUUCAGCUCUUCAGGAUCCAACAGGGCGAGAGAUUCAUCUUCACGGCUGUUAUCCAACUUCUGGCCUCUCUAUGUGUGAUGAUCGCCGCGUCCAUCUACACGGCUCAGAAGAAGACCUUCCACGUGCCAAGUCUUCAGAACGGCUCUUACGGCUCCUCUUACAUCCUGGCCUGGGUCAGCUUCCCCAUGACCCUCAUGAGCGGCCUCAUGUACCUGGUGCUCAGGAAGCGCAAAUAAGACGGGACGGGCCUGCACGCUGCGUCUCGACAAUAUUCAAACGUAGAAAUAGGAACACUUGGACACAAAUACUCAAAAGACGAAUACAUUUCCUCAACAAACGUACCUUCACACGCUCUCUGUCUCACCCGUAGAUUUGAUAAUAGCAUUGGAGAUAAGGAAGUGUCGCAGAAAUGUCAGAUCCAUUUGAAUUUACUGUAAAGUCUCAGGUUCAGAGCCAAAUGUACUGUCCACUUCACCACGUCAAAUCCCCCCCCCCCCCCCCCCCUCCUCUCUGAUGAUGCGUUGUUCUAACUGAAUGUGGUAAAGAUGCAUCCGGACUCCCUCUUUGUGUGUAUAUACACACUGAUCUGCCUCAUUAUCUCUAAAUCUCCAAACAAGUGCCUCAGAAGUUUGGCCGACGGUCGACAAACCCUCUGUCUUUGUUUGUGUGUCUUCAUGCACGACAGCCGCCACACCGUGUCACUCUAAAACGUUGCAAUCAAUACAUAUUCACAUUGAUUUUUUAUAUCUGGUCUGAAAGAGUUAACUGACUUGUUCCUGCCAGGUACACACGACUCCAUACGUUCAUUUGCAUUAAGCCAAGGUUAAAUGCAGCCACUCACUUACAUGUCCACACACAAGGUAGAUAUACACGUGUCCCGCUGAGAUUUGGUUCAGAAUUAGAGCAACUCUAGAUUUCUAGUUAAUUCUUUACACUCCACGUACUUGUAAUCAGGGGGAAACUUUGGGCUUUGGUCGGGUUAGGUCAUAAACACAAGACUGUCAGUAAGUCUUCUCUCGGGCUCAGUCGGGUUCGAGCAGGAAAUUGCGGCCCCAGCCCCACUCCAGUGAGAACAUACCUUGACUGCCCUCUUCCCUCCUUCCCCCUUCAGCCAAUACCCACGAGAGGAGCUCUGUUCCACAACAAUGAUUUGUCUCCCCUGUUGUCUCACCGUCUCCUGGUUCCCUCUCACAUCAUUCUAUGUUUAAAAUGUCUGAUAAUAAGCAUAUAUAUUGAAAAGGAAGGAAAGUGGGGAAGUUUCCUCACAGGGACACAACCCCUGGACUUUCCAAAGGGUCCAUGCUUUGUUUCUCUUUGUGAAGCUUUAUAUAAGCUUUAUUUUGUACAUAAUACGUUUUUGCUGUGUAUGUAUAGUUCCGGCAAUUGCCAAAAACCUAUUUCUGAGACUGAACUGUAGUCUGUGUGUAUUCUCCAGUGUAGUGACGCAGUAGUGGUGGUAGGAUUUUAACCCUUUGUUUGUAAUCUCAUGUUACUGACUUGUAUUUUAUUGGUGACAGAGGAGCCGAUGAUGGUGCUGUGACAUCUGGGAUUUAAAAAUAACAAAAUAGAAAACGUGCAAACUUGAACUAAGUACGUACUUCUAUUUGUUAUUAAACAUAGACAAAACACUAUUUAUUGUUUAAAACCACUGUUUGACUUUUAGCAUGUGACAGAGGACGUAUGAAGAUGGGACGUUUUCCCUCUCUGACCAAUCUACUGUUUGUUUUUCGGUCCAUUGCUUAAACAUCUCCAGCAUCAAUAUGGACGCUGUUCUCGUUAUUAUUUCUUGCUUCGGUAUUUUUCCAGUACAGAGAUAAUGUUGGAUCCCACAGGCAGUAACUUUGUAGCUGCUAAAGGACCAGAAUGAUAUCUAGGAAACAGAUGAACUCUGGACCACGGAGCCUGGCAACACAACAGCUCACCAAAAAAACGAAGAUUCAGGGAAGGGACACGGAAGUGAAGGAUUUGCUCUGCCAUCUCAAGAUGCUACUUGAAAUCGAUCAAAACAACGUCUUGGAGGCCGAGAUCAUGAUUUUCAUUGUUGUUCAUAACUUUUCUCGUGACAUCUUAAAAGUGUUAAACCAAAUCGUCAGCCUCCUGUUUGCAUGCAAAUCCCCUCUUUAACUUAUAACUUGGAUUUGUUUUGUUGUGAAAUACAGUUUAUCGUAGAUUUUGUAAAGUUUUCUUCUAGUUAGCUUUGAUUUGAUAUCAUAACCGAUCUAAAUUAUGAAUAAACCGACAACUUGAAACCUAAGUUCUGUGCGUUAGCUGUUACUGAUAAUUCAACAGAAACCACAGCAAUCUGUCUUAAGACGUUGAUUCGUUAGAGCUACUAUUGAUUUAGAAUUGGAAAUGUUGUGUGUUAUGGUUGUGAUACUUUUACUGUGGUGUGUUGAGUGUGUCAAUGUAGAUCAAUGCAGAUCUAUUCCAAUCACUACAAGGCCAUACUGACACAUGAUCAUAUCACUUGUGGAGGUCAAAAUUACAUUAACGGGGAUUUGUUUUUUUUAAAACUUAUGUUGCAGUUGAAUUAUUUCUAUUGCUGAAUGAAGUAUUGAUUAUCUAUUGAUCGAGUCUUGUGUUGUUUUAUGACGGAGAGGUGUUGGUCGACAGUUUUCCUCUUGGCAAUGGAUUAUUCUUUUCAAAUGUGAUGCAGGUUUAUUAAAGAAUGUCAAAUGUGAGUGAUUCUGCUUGUGACAGUCGCUCUCGCGCUUUUUCAUUCUAAUUCAGUCACUAUUUAUUGUGAUCAGUGCUUAGAUGCUAUUGACACCCAGUGGACCGACAGAGAACUACACCACAUGUGUCGCUGCAGGCCACAGAAUAGACAGAAAAGAACAAACUGGUCUCUGCUCGGUGAAUAAACUGUCCACAGGUUCAGGGACAAAGAUUUAAUUUCCUCUGCUUUUAUUUCCCCUCCUGUGCUCCCCCAUCCAGCAGAUGUAGAUCUCAAUAAAUGUGUACAUUAUAUAAAA